AUGGGAUUACUAGGCCUUCUACGCGAUGGAGUCGCUGGCCAGCGUGCGCACCAUCAUGGGGAUCGCGCAGGACAUCUUCGCAGCUGUGGAGACGGCGAGCCAGAACAAGACCGUUGCAAGAAGGUCGCCGAGCGUGUCCGUUGCCUCAAGGACAUCUUAAAGGCGGCGCAGGACGGGACGACGACGGCGGCGGCGGCGGCGGCGGACGCAGCGGCGACGCGGAGGCUGCUGCUGGACAGGCUGGAGGAGGCGCUCGGCCGCGCGCUGCAGGUGGUGCGCCGGUGCCAACGCAGCUGCAGCCGCUUCCUUCGCAGCGUCAUCGUCGUCGUCGUCGCCGGCGGGCGGAUGGCGGACCCGCUCGACGGGGUGGAAGCCGAGAGCGACCGGUGCAUUCUCGACCUCGCCGUCGCCAACUCUCUUCGCAUUGCUCGCCUCGAGACACUCCUCGUUCGUCAGCAGCACACCGUGACCGUUGCAGCCAGCACGGGAGACAGCAGCGAAAAGGAUGAUGAGAACAAGAGCAAGAAGAAGCAGGGCUCUGCCGACGUGAGCGUCCCUGACAAGAUGAUGGACCAUGACAACACCACAGCGACUACGAUUGGCGUUCCAGUCUGCACGGUGACUGCAGCCGUGCACGAGCACAAGCACGAGAUGGUGCCGCCGCCGUCGUAUGAGUACGGGUACGGGUACGGUUACAGGAGCUAUCAUAGCUACUGCCGAAAUCAUGGCUGCGCCUGUGACUGCGGCUGCUGGGAUGACAAUGCUGCGUUCUACCACACCCAGUACUCAUCGUACCCGUCGAUGUUCAGCGACGACAACCCCAACUCCUGCUCCAUCUCGUGUGCUCUUAGUAGAACAUCAGAACAGCAAAGUACAGGACCAGAUCAUACGUAA